CAAAACAUCCGGUCUCCUUUGACAGUUAUGAGAGCACCGUUCUUUGCCCCCCUUACGCAUUAAAAACAGGGGUGUGCCAGCAAUGUCAUAUGCUUCCCACCUCCUGGUUUCCCACCUGAACAUCUACCAUGGUCGAGUCCUGCUUAUCUCCCCUCACUAUUUGGUUCUAUUCCGAUGGCUCAACACUGGACCACAGAUCAGUCGAAGCCUACUGGAGAGCUACAGACUUCUGGAACUGCCCGACCAGGCUCAGAGCAGCCCUGCCCAGGUCAAAGAAGCCUACCUCCGCCUCGCCAAACUUUACCACCCUGACUCCGGAUCUCCUACUGCUGACCCUGUGUUGUUCGCCAGAGUGGAAGAGGCGUACAGAGCUGUACUGGCAUAUCAGAGCAAGAAACAACGCCCCCAGAAAGGAACAGAAGAAGAUGAGGAGGAAAAAUCGAGGGGCGCCGCUCUCCCACACAGACACUACCUGAGUUACGAAGGAUUUGGAUUUGGAACGCCGAGCCAGAGGGAACGCCAGUACAGACAAAUCCGUGUAGACAGAGCUUCAGAGGAGGUGCUAAACUACCGGCAAAAAGAACACGAAAAAGCUGCAGCGGAGGAGGGCGCACUGGUGGAGCGAGAUAUGCGUCAGCGCAGUCGUAAAAUUAAAAUUACCCAAGCCGUGGAAAGGCUAGUAGAAGAUCUCAUUCAGGAAUCAAUGGCACGUGGUGAUUUUAGGAACUUAAGUGGAGCUGGAAAACCGCUGAACAAAUUUGAGCACAAUCCAUAUGCUGAUCCCAUGACACAUAAUUUGAAUCGUAUCCUCAUUGACAAUGGGUACCAGCCCCCGUGGGUGGUAACUCAAAGAGAUAUUCGUGAAAUGUCGACCCAUGUGAGGAAUAGGCUGUUAGAAGCUAGGACGAGAUUUGGUGACUCUAUGACCAAUCAGGAAAAGAAGGCCUGGGAGGAGCUGUGUUCUUCCUUGAGAGAGGACGUGGUCAAACUGAAUAAACUGGUGGACAACUACAAUUUGAUAGUUCCAAUGAUCAAGAUGCAAAUGGUGCACUUCAGUUUGUCCCGAGAGAUCGAGCGGGCGGAGAAAUCGGCUCAGCAGCUAAGACUGGAGCAGCAGAAGGAGAGGGGGCAAGAUAGAGAGAGGAGAAUAGAGGAGAGGAAAAGAGCCAAUGCACGAAAUCAGCCCCAAACUACUAAACCAGGACUAAUGAAAUGGAUGCAGAGUUUUCUAAAAUGAUUUUUAGCACAGGAUUUAUUUCAGUACACUGCUAAGGAAAUCUCCUAACAUUGCAUAAUACUUGAUGAAAAAUAUUAAUAUACUGUAUGAUUUGUUACAACAUUUAAGUUAUCUCUGAAUGUUUUCAUCACAUUUUAGAUACAGUAAGCUAUAUGGCAUUGGAAUUAUAAUGUUUGUUGUUUCUGUGAAAUAAUAAAAAAUCAAUCUGAAUGAUUUACAUGUAACAUGUAAAUUUAAAAUAAAUGU